AUGUUCCCACACCAUCCAACCCUCAUCCCACAGACAAAACACAAGAAGCUUGAGGAGGCAGGCCACGGGCCGGCCACCACCACCAACAACCACAACAGCCACAACAACAAGGGCGCUGAAGAGCAAGCGACAGCCGGCAACGAGCAUGUGCAGUCGAUACGCGACGUGGCAGACUCCUUCCCCAAGAGCCGCAUCGUUGUUUCCGAGGACGGUGCAUUGAAGAGUGCCCAGGGCCUGAGCACAGAGGAGGCGCAGCACCGUCUUGAGGAGGAUGGCCCCAACGUCCUCACGCCGCCCAAGCGCACGCCGCAGUGGGUCAUCUUCUUGCGGCAGCUGCUGGACCCGUUUAUGCUCAUGCUGCUUGCCGCCGCCAUCCUCAGCUGGGUCGCGUACGGCCUCGACACCACGGAGCCGCUCAACCUCUGGCUCGGCGUCAUCCUGUUUGCGGUCGUGCUUGUCACCAGCUUCAUGUCGUUCUUGCAGGAACGCAAGACAUCCAACCUCAUGUCGCUGUUUGCAGACCUCUCCCCGCCCAAGGCGCUCGUCGUGCGUGACGGUGCCCAGAUGGAGGUGGAGGCAGCGCACCUGGUUGUCGGCGACAUCAUCGUCUUCAAGGAGGGCGACAUCGUGCCUGCGGACGUUCGCAUCCUUCACUGCAGCGCCCUGCGCGUGGAGUGCUCCUCCCUCACGGGCGAGUCCACCCCGAUUGUCGGCACGGUUGAGGCUGCCACCCCCGGCACGGCCGCCCACGAGGCAACCUGCCUUGGCUUCUCGGGCUCCCAGUGCCUGCAGGGCUCUGCCACGGCCGUGGUGGUGCGGACGGGCGACAACACCAUGAUUGGCAAGAUUGCAUCGGCAACAGCAGCCGCUGGCUCCACAGACACGCGGCUCGGGCGGGAGGUGACGUCGUUUGUGCGGUUCGUGGCGGUACUGGCCAUCAGCAUGGCUGCGGUGUUCUUUGCCAUUGGCGUCGGCCGGCAGAAGGGCGACAACGCCCUCUACAUCUUCAUCAACGGCUUCCUCAUCGUCAUUGUCGCCAACGUGCCCCAGGGCCUGCCCGCCACGGUCACCUCCCUCCUCACCAUCACCGCGCGUCGCAUGGCAGCCAACAACAUGUUUGUCAAGCGGCUGGCCGUGGUGGAGACGCUUGGCUCCGCCUCUGUCAUCGCCUCGGACAAAACAGGCACCAUCACCCAGAACAGGAUGUCCGCGCGCGCGCUGUGGAGCAACCGCGUUGUGUACACGGACCUCGGCAGCCACAACCUCACCGCCGCCUUCCCCACUGCACACAACGACACCACCACCCUGCACUGGCUGAGCACGGUUGCGUGCGUGUGCAACCACGCCACGCGCCAGAUGACCAAGAGCGUGUCUGACGAGAGCGAGUACAUCGGCAAUCCCUCAGACGCCGCCCUGCUGCAGCUCACAGACCGGCACUACCACACGGACCUGCGCCGCAAGCAGUUUGACAUCGUGGGCGAGAUACCCUUCAACUCGCGCAAUAAGUGGCAGCUGGUCAUUGGCCGGCCCACCGACCCGCGUGUCCGCGCCGCAGCCAACGACUCGACCGCCACUGCCACGACGACGCCCGCCAUCACGGCGACGAGCGACAUGGACGUUGCGAUGCUCAAGGGCGCGCCCGAGAUUGUGCUGUCCAAGUGUGAUUCGUACAUGAUGAACGGCGAGGUCAUCCCCAUCAACGCCGACUUUGAGCGCGAGUUCACCGCCGCCCUGGAGCGGUUUGGUGGCAAGAGCUGGCGCGUCAUUGGUCUGUGUGCGCGCCUCGUCCCACGCAUGACGCACGAUGAUGAUGACGACGAUGGUGAGGAUGACACGGAGCUGACAGAGGACAACGCACCACUGGAGGGAUACGUGCUGCUUGGUCUGUGUGCGCUGGCGGACCCACCCCGGCCCAACGUGGACAGGGCGGUGGCUGCGUGCCGCACGGCAGGCAUCAAGGUGUACAUGGUGACUGGCGAUCACGCCCUCACGGCGGCGGCCAUUGCCAGGGAAGUUGGCAUCCUCACCAGCACCAACGGCGGUGAUAUUGACGAUGAGGACGAGCACCACCUCAACGCGGUCGCCCACCACCCUGCAGCGGACCCCAUCCCGGGGGAGUUCCAGCCCGGCGUGUACAUGAGCCACUCUGUCGACAAGUUCACGGACGACCACUGGCGACGCGUGCUGUCGCUGCCCGGCGCCGUGUUUGCACGCGCAACCCCGCAGCAGAAGCUGACGAUUGUGGAGGCGUGCCAGCGGUUUGGGGAGAUUGUUGCUGUGACUGGCGACGGCGUGAACGACGCACCCGCGCUGAAGCAGGCUGACAUUGGCAUUGCGAUGGGCAUCAAGGGCAACGCCGUGGCAAAGGAGGCGGCCGACACCCUCCUGAUGGACGACAACUUUGCAUCCAUUGUGCUGGGCGUUGAACAGGGCCGGCUCAUCAUGGACAACCUGCGCAAGACCAUCCGCUACCUCCUCACCCACCUCAUGCCCGAGAUUGUGCCCGUCCUCAUGAACCUUGCCCUCGGCCUGCCCAUUGGCCUCACGUCGCUGCAGAUCCUGAGCAUCGACCUGGGCACGGAGAUGGCGGCUGGCAUCUCGCUCGCGUACGAGCCGGCCGAGCCCGGCAUCAUGAAGCGGCGCCCACGCUCGAAGAAGAAGAAGAUGGUCAACAGGGAGCUGCUCACGUACUCGUACCUCAUUGCCGGCGGCAUUGAGAUGGUUGCCUGCUUCCUCGCAUAUGUGCACGUGUUCUCCUCCCACGGGCUCACGCUUGGCGACGUGUUUCUGAAGGGCGACAACCACUUCCGCGCCAACCCAGACCCGCUGUGCCUGUCGGACGGCCGCUGCUUCACGCCCGCGCAGCAGGAGGAGAUUGCCGGGCAGGCGACGGCUGCGUGGUACAUGACGCUCAUCCUGGGACAGGCAGUGCACCUGUGGGUGAUCAAGUCUGGGCGCGUGUCCAUCUUCCGCACCAACCCGCUGAACAACAUCGUGGCGGUGUACGGCGCCAUCGUCGCCGUCUGCAUCAUGCUCAUCCUGGUGUAUGUGCCGGGCCUACAAGUGUUUGUUGGCGCGCGCACGCCCGAGGGCAUCACGUGGGUGUUCUUCCUCAUUGCCGCUGCUGGCCUGAUUGCGUACACGGAGCUCAAGCUGCUGUGGAAGAAGCGGCGCACACGACGACGACGCCGACGACGACGCAUGAGGAAACUGCGCAGCGCGGGGACGGAGUGUCACCACCACGCACUGGUGGCCGGCAGCAGUGCAGAGGCCAGCCCAGACAGCAGCUGCAACACCAGCUACAUUGGCACCUGUGAUGAAGACGAGGAUGACGAUGACGAUGAUCAUGAUGAUGAUCAUGAUGACAACGGCGGCCGUGUGCUGCACCUUGAUGACCACGCUGACUCGGCCGUUCACGAGUGGAUGCUUGCCGUGGUUUGACGUGGCGGCGUUUGGUGUUUGUUGAUGUUUGUGUGUGUGUGUGUGUGUGUGUGUAUU